AUGGCUUCCGUCCCGCCGCCGUCCGAGUCGACGACCCCGCCCCUCGUCGACAUCAAGCCCCUCCUCCAGCAGCUCUGGCCCGGCGGCCACCCGCACGUCACCCCGGAGCGCAUCGCCGAGGCCAUCGCCCACUUCUUCACCAACCAAGUCACCGACGCCCAGGCCGCCUCCCUCCUCAUAUGUCUGCACUUCACGACCCUCGAUCUCCAGGCCGACGUGCUCGCCGAGUGCGCCCGCGUCAUGCGCCUCGCCGCCGCCCAGAUUGACGUCCCCGCGUUGAACGAGGUCAUCAAGCUCAAGAACAGGGCUGGCGGCAAAUACCGUGGUGGACUGUGCGACAUCGUCGGAACCGGAGGCGACUCCCACAACACCUUCAACAUCUCCACCACCGCCUCCAUAAUCGCCUCCUCCCUCCUCCUCGUCUCCAAGCACGGAAACCGCGCCUCCACCUCCAAGUCCGGCUCCGCCGACCUCAUCAACAACAUGCGGCCCCGCGCCCCGUCAUCGAGGCCGUGA